GCACCAAGGCACUAUUAUUAUUUCCCUAGGCGCCAACCCAUUUUUAUUACCCCUCUAAUUAUUGUUACUGGAACCCCGCGAAGUAUUCACCCUAUUACACAUAUUUCCUGCACAAACCAGCAAUCUCUUCCAACCAGAAUCGAAUUGCUGGCAUUUACUUCUUCCAAGCCUCCCAUACCAUCUUACGAAAAUGUUGGACCUUGCAGAUUUCGUUACCGACCGCGGUGGAAAUCCCAAUAAAAUCAAGGAGAGCCAGCGCAAAAGAUCUGCUCCCGAGGAUGCUGUCGAUGGAGUGAUUGCCUUGUAUGAGGAAGCCCGUCGAGCGCGGUAUGAAGUAAUGCAAAUUAACUCUCAACUCAAUGCUCUCCUCAAGGAAAUUGGAAAGAAAAAGAAGAGCAAAGAAGAUGCAAGUGACUUGAUAGAGCAAAAAGCCGGCUUGGAGAAAGAGAAGAAAGCAGCGGAGGAAAUUGCUUCCCAAAAAGAAAACCAGAGAGACAGAAUGAUCCGAACAAUUGGAAAUUAUGUUCAUGAAUCUGUCCCUGUGAGCAACAAUGAAGAUGACAAUGUUGUUGUUAAGAAAUGGGCACCGGAGAAUGUUGCUGUGGAAAAGCGGAAUUGCCUUUCUCACCAUGAGGUCCUCACUCGUUUAGAUGGAUAUGACCCAGAGCGCGGUGUCAAGAUUGUCGGUCACCGUGGAUAUUGCUUGACAGGCUAUGGUCUUUUUCUAAACCUUGCUCUUAUCAACUAUGGCUUGGAAUUCCUUUGGGGGAAAGGAUACAAGCCAAACCAGCCCCCCCAGUUCAUGCUCAGGGACCUAAUGGCGAAGACAGCUCAAUUAGAGCAAUUUGAUGAGGAGCUGUACAAGGUUUCCGAAAGUGAAGAUAAGUCUACUGAUAAGUACCUCAUUGCUACGUCGGAGCAACCAUUGUCUGCGCUCCAUGAUGGAGAGUGGCUCCAGGAUAAAGACCUUCCAAUCAAAUACGCUGGGUACAGUACAUGCUACCGGAAGGAAGCCGGUUCUCAUGGCAAAGAUGCAUGGGGUAUUUUCCGAGUCCACCAGUUCGAGAAGAUAGAACAGUUUGUUCUGACUAAGCCCGAAAAUUCAUGGGAAGCUUUUGAUGAAAUGAUGGCCACAUCGGAAGAGUUUUAUAGGUCUCUCGGGCUUCCUUUCCAGGUUGUUGCCAUUGUUUCAGGGGCACUUAACAACGCAGCGGCCAAGAAGUAUGAUCUGGAAGCGUGGUUUCCAUUCCAGGGCGAGUACAAGGAAUUGGUUUCUUGUUCAAACUGUACGGAUUACCAAUCAAGGGCCCUAGAAAUUCGAUACGGUACCAAGAAGGCUACUGAUGCAAGAAAAUCUUAUGUUCAUGCACUGAAUGCCACUCUAUGUGCUACGGAGAGAACACUUUGCUGUAUACUUGAGAAUUAUCAAACUGAAAAUGGUUUCAAUGUCCCGGAGCCUUUGCGAAAAUAUAUUCCCGGAGCUCCUGAAUUCCUUCCAUACACCAAGGAACUUCCAAAGGACACUACUUCCCACAAGGCCAAAGGAAAGCAGACAACCAAACCUCCGAGUGAUCCAUCAGAAGCCACCAAGAAACUGCAAGGCCUACAGGUGUGAGGGUCACCACUGGCAGAUAGAUUGCGAGUUUUGCUGGAUCAUUCACACUUUGCCCUGCAUUACUGAUAUAUCAUAGCUAUCUUAUGUAUGUUUUUCUAAGCCCACCCUUCUCUCCAAUUCCUUUGUUCCAGGAAAUGGAUUAAAAUGAAAUUUUUUUUAUAAAAAAUUAUAAAUCAAAAAUAAAAAGAAUUGAAAACCCUUCAAUGUGAUUAUACGAUGGAUAAUCUUUGUGGAGUUAAGUCACAUGGUUUUAGUGCGUGUGUACAUGAUGUAUUCUGUAGUACUUAGUACAGAGUAUGACAGCAUAUGCCG